AGACAAGGCGCGGGGAAAAUCCACCUCUCUAUGUGACGUUCAGCCCGACGGUGAUACUUUCCCCCGCAUUGUUAAAAAAAGAAAGAUAAUUUACGUUGCAUGGACGAGUAACCAGGGGCUCCUCUGCAUUUUUUUUUGUUUUAUUGCGGAUGUCCACUCACUCAGCGCUCCCCUUCCCUCCUCUCCAGCUUCAAGAUUGGUGAAGUGGUUUCCUCUCCCGUUCGUACCGGAGGCCGACCGGUCUCCGAUCUGGUCUGUGUAGUCUCCGGAGACUCGAACCGCUCUGUCAGGGCAAGGCUGUGCGGCUCCCGGAUCAGCCCGGUGCCACCUCGAGCACUGGCUAUGGAGAUGAUUGAGGGAGACGUUAUGGACAAACUAGAGGACAUGUCAUCGGUGUACGACUUCGACCCGAUCACCGGCAACAUCCCCGCCACCAAAGUAGAAAUCACCGUCUCCUGCAGAAACCUUCUGGAUAAAGACACAUUCUCAAAGUCAGAUCCAUUAUGCGUGCUUUAUACUCAAGGUGUUGAAACCAAACAGUGGAGAGAGUUUGGAAGAACAGAAGUCAUAGACAACACCCUAAAUCCAGACUUUGUUCGAAAGUACAUCCUAGACUACUUCUUUGAGGAGAAGCAGAAUCUUCGCUUCGACUUGUAUGAUGUUGACUCCAAAAGCCCAGACCUGUCCAAACAUGACUUUUUGGGUCAGACGUUCUGUACUCUCGGGGAGAUUGUUGGAUCACCUGCCAGUCGACUGGAGAAACCACUGGGAGGAAUCCAUGGGAAGAAAUGCGGCACAGUCGUCCUAUCCGCAGAAGAGUUGAGCAAUUGUCGAGACAGCGCCACAAUGCAGUUCUGUGCCAACAAGCUAGACAAGAAGGACUUCUUUGGCAAGUCGGACCCUUUCAUGGUCUUCUACAGAAGCAACGAGGACGGAACGUUUACAAUCUGCCAUAAAACUGAGGUGGUGAAGAACACAUUAAACCCAGUGUGGCAGCCUUUCACUAUUCCAGUACGAGCGCUCUGCAAUGGAGACUACGACAGAACUAUCAAGGUGGAAGUAUACGAUUGGGAUAGGGAUGGCAGCCAUGAUUUCAUUGGGGAUUAUACAACCAGCUAUCGAGAGCUAGCACGUGGGCAGAGCCAGUUUAAUGUCUACGAAGUGGUUAAUACCAAGAAGAAAAUGAAGAAAAAGAAAUAUAUUAACUCUGGGACAGUGACCCUGCUUUCGUUCUCAGUGGAGUCAGAUUUCACUUUCUUAGAUUACAUCAAAGGAGGAACGCAGAUCAAUUUCACUGUGGCCAUCGAUUUCACAGCAUCCAAUGGCAACCCGUCCCAAUCCACUUCACUGCACUACAUGAACCCCUACCAGCUGAACGCUUACGCCAUGGCCCUGAAGGCUGUGGGGGAGAUCAUUCAGGAUUACGACAGUGACAAGAUGUUCCCCGCUUUGGGCUUUGGAGCCAAACUGCCCCCUGAUGGACGGGUUUCACAUGAGUUUCCCCUGAAUGGAGACAUGGACAAUCCAUACUGCAAUGGUAUUGAGGGUAUCUUAGAGGCUUACCACCAGAGUCUGAAGACAGUGCAGCUCUACGGGCCAACUAACUUUGCUCCUGUUGUGAAUCAUGUUGCCAGGUAUGCAGCUGCGGUGCAGGACGGCUCUCAGUAUUUUGUGCUCCUCAUCAUCACAGACGGUGUCAUUUCCGACAUGGCCCAGACCAAAGAGGCCAUAGUAAAUGGUGCAAAGCUUCCGAUGUCCAUCAUCAUAGUUGGAGUGGGUCAGGCUGAGUUUGAUGCUAUGGUGGAGCUGGAUGGUGAUGACAUCAGGAUCUCAUCGCGGGGGAAACUGGCAGAGAGAGACAUUGUUCAGUUUGUUCCCUUCAGAGAUUACAUGGACCGGACAGGCAACCACGUGCUGAGCAUGGCUCGGCUCGCUAAAGAUGUGCUAGCAGAGAUCCCAGACCAGUUCAUCUCUUACAUGAAGAGCCGGGGUAUCAAACCCAACCCAGCACCACCCCCCUACACACCACCCGGACACACACACCACCACACGCAGAUCUGAAGCCCUCCUUUUCGCUUUUUACUUAGGACUGACAGCAUGCAGCAGCCACGCAGUGGCUCAGUGGGAACUCACUAGCUCCUGUUUUGAGCUGACACACUAGGAAAUGGUUGUUUGAUUGCUAUAUCUUCCCAGUGACUAUUGGAGCAGCUUUUUGAGGGGGGGGGUGUGACAUAUUCUUUUGGAUGAUUUCUCUCAGAGAGAGGCCCUAAAUUGUAAUCCAACAUGAGGCAGACUUUCACGUCUAAUAUGACAGCAGAUCGGUUCAAAAAGGUCAUGUUGUGGUUUAAACUUGCGCCUGUCUUUCGUUGUUUCUCUAAUUGUAUUAGGAUAUGUGAUCUUUGACCUAAGCCUUGCACGUCAGUGUUUUGUGUAGCAUAAUGCAGUUAUAUUUUUUAGUCACCUUUUUACUUCUGGAAUUCAUUUUUGUAUUGGGGCAUUACUUCCAUCCAUUAUUAAGAUCAAUCAGACUUUUCAUACCUUGAGGUGUCACGUCCACUCUUUAUUAGGUCAAUGUUUAUAAGAACAUGUUGUAUGAGAUUACUUCCCCAUAUCCCAGUAUUUUUAUUCUCCAAUGUUAUUUAGAACGUAACAGUAUGAUCAUGAUGUAACCAUGUUAAAUCAUAUUUAAACAUUUUGGGUGCCGCCAUUUAUUAUUUCUGAGGAAAGUCCCCUAUUUAUUCAUUCAUCAAGUUAAAUGGAUGUGUUCUUCAGCUGCAAUUUGACAUAAAUUAUUGGAAAUAUGACUCAGACUUGUUAAGGGCUCAGGCUUUCGAAGUGUAAACACACAUUUUAGUGCUAAUCUUAGUUCACCUUCCCGUAUCUUUAUCUUUGACAUCAGUUUAGUGUGAAGUGUUGUGGAUUAAUUUAUUCAGUUUUAACUAUUUUCUAAUUAUUCUCCAACUCGUUGACUUUAUCUAUCUGACUCGUGAUGAGGACCCACAGGUCCUCACAGACCAGGGACUCUCAGUAACACACACCAAUAGAACACACUGGAGAUCUGGAUUCGUCAAUUCAGAGAUUUAUUGGAGCUACACCACUCAAAUAAACCAAGCGCUUUCCAGAAAGACACUAACGAGGCAAUGAUACAACACUUUAGUUAAUAUAUUUCUUUGACCAUUCGAUAGAGUGAACCCUACCCUACAAUCAUAACUACGUAACUCUCUGCCUAUUGUUGUGCCCCACUAUUCUCCUCCCCGUCCUUCACUAGCCCCCCCCUAUCGGGUGUGUUGGCUCCCUCAUUCUGACUACGCACCUUAUUAUCCUGAUAUUCUCCCUCUAUUCUCCCCCUAUCAGGUAUGUUGAUGCUAGUCUAACUGGCUCAUUCUGGUCGGUUGACCGUAUGUCGCUGGCCCUCCGGUUCUGUCUCUUAGCAUCUAUAUACACACAAAGGAGACCUUUGCCCCACUCCUGGUGUCUCUACACAAUCUUGUCCAAAACCGUUGCUUGAAGGCACCUGCAUGCUUCUGCAACUGCGUCUGCAGCUUUGCGCGCAGAACCAUCAACUCGUUUCAAUUCAUGGUUCUAAAAGGCUUGGGUGGUUCUAAAAGGCUUGCGCGUGUAGUGGUGGUUGCAGAGCAAUUCACCGCCAGAAGACGGCCUAGAGAAUGCCGUCUUUGUGUGUGGAAGUCGUUGGUUUGUUUAUUUACUCGACGUUUUGUGAAGAUCUCCUUCCAUGAAUCGGAGGCCCUCUGCGCGUCCUUAUAGUCCGCCAAUGAUGGGUUGUAUAAGUGGUCAUAUUUCCGUAUUUCUUCCAACAAAAGCUCUUAAAUCUGAUUCAUUCUCUCUUCAAAAAUCUUCCUUUUAAAAAUAGCGGUAUUAUGCUAUAAAAUGUGAGACUCCGGAAAAGAUGUAGUUAGUAGACCAAUCAGAGUCUUGCGGGCUGCGUAAGGCUUGCGUAACUUUUGGUGCUAGUCUAGAAAAAUUGGUCAACGCUCGCGAGCACGCAAGAAGGGGCAAUAAAAGCCUGCAGGGGGCACGCAAGGGGCUCCUUGCUGAAAACGCUUUGCUGAAAAGAUUUUGUCACAGAAUGUUGGAUAUAUCCUACGGCUGGUAAAAGAAAUGGUUUGAGUAGUUGCCACAUUGAGCUGCGGGCAUGGCUGUAUCUUGUUCAUCUUCUUUCUAGCCUCACCUGAACAUAAACUGCUUCCUUAUCCAUCUGUGUGAAUAUUUCCCUUUCUUUUUAAACAGACAAAGAGAGGCAGAAACAGAAUUCAUCUGAGCUGAAAUGGUUUUCUUUAAAUGUCUAAUGUAGCAAACUAAAAGCCUUAAAAAUGUGAAAGGCAGUAAGUGCAUUUCAUUCAGUCCUAAAAAACAGCACAUGUAUGACUCCUUGGUGAAGGAAAGGAAAAUAUUUGACGGGGAUCAAAACAGCGAUAUGGUUGUCAAUAAAAAAGAGUGGUCUUCUAGAGUGGGCUGGUUUGCAUAAAGAUUCCAACGGGACUUUAUCGUUAUGAGGAGACUCCUGGUAUAUGUUUGAUAUAUUUCUGGGAAUAUUGCUGUAUUGAAUUAUCUAUUUUUGGAGUUUGGAUGACAAUCUAUCAAUCCGGUUCAUUAAGUCAUUAAGGUGACCUCCUAACACCAUGGUUUAUUAGUGUGAUGGGUUUGACUGCAUGUUUUCCUGGUGUAAAAGUGCCACCAUGUGUAUAAUAGGAACCAGCCCAACCAGAUCACAUGCAUGAGAGCGUCAAACAAGGCAGUGAGCUCUGUGGACAGUUGCUAUUUCUUCUCUGCCUGGUUUUCUAAACUGUAACUCAAACUGUAUCUAAAUGAGCGUCUUACAGUCAAAACCUUUUUAUAUUCAAUUUGUAAAAUCUCACAAUCUCUUUAUUGUUUUGACCAGUUUUCCGAUUUGCAUGACUCCCUACUUUGAAUGGGUUUUCAUUGUACAUGAUUAUUGUCAUAUGAUGAGUUGUGAAAUUCUUUGUAUUGGAUUGCCUUACCUAAAAUCAAUUAAAAAAUGAAUACUUUUAUAAAAUCUA